AUGGAAUUCUUGGGUUCCAUUUUUGAAAUUGGGAAGAAUGCAUUGGAAGCAAUUGGAAAAUGGGUUGUAUAUAUCAAUAGCCUUGAUGCAAACAUGAAAAAUCUCAAAAGAAAGAUAGAGUACUUGAGCUGUCAAGAGGAUGAUAUAAAUACAGAGCUGAGCAGUGCAGAGCGGUCAUUGAAAAGACGAAAGCAAGAAGUUGAAGUUUGGCUUGGAGAAGUGAAAACAGUGAAAGGUGAUGUGCGAACUUUGCAAAGACUUGAGGAAGAAGUAGUUGGAUGGAAGCAUGUCUUCUCACGUGCACGGUUGGGAAAGCUUGUCAUGGAGAAGAUUCAAGAGGUGGAAGAAUUGCAAGUGAAGGGUACAUUUUCAAAUGGUUUGCUGAUUGAUGCACUACCAACUAGUGGAUGGUCCAGACCAACAAUGGGAUCUUUUGGUGAAACCACAAGUGAAAGGAACAUGGAGAAAGUUUGGGAAUACUUAAUGGAUGAUGAGAAUGGAGCUUUUGUGUCAGCACAAGAGGUCUUUGGCUACUUGAGGCAAUUAAAAGUUCUUGGUGCUCAGUUUCUCAAUGUGCAGGAGCUUGCCAGUUUUGUGACAUCUCAACAAUGCCAAGCCUUGGAAAACUACCGCCUUAAAGUGGGAAAUAAUUUUGAAUAUAUAAACAAUUCUGUGGGGAAAGAAGUUCAUGCGAUCAGUUUUGACUCUAAACCUUUUGGGAUUGGAGUUGAUUCAUUGGUGCUUCCCAGCAACAUAGAAUACUUUGGGAUUACAAGAUGCGAGGAUCUCAUUAGCUUAUCAGAUAUUCUGUCCUUGAGGGAUGCCGGUCAUUUGAGAAUUUGUCUUCUCCAAUACUGUAAUGGGAUAGAAUCCAUCUUUUCAUCAUCAUCCUUCUCAGAAGAUUGCCAGAUCCCACUAAGAAUUGUCGAGGAAUUACGACUUCUUGAUUUACCCAGAUUUAGGGUACUCUUUGAUGGAGUUGUUCCACCACACAACAUUUCCUUUAACCUUAAGAAAUUGUACUUCUAUAGAUGUUCCAGUGUCAUGAAUAUUUUUCCUGACCGGUUGUUGCAGAACUUCCCUAACCUUGAGGAACUAACUGUGUCUGAUUGUGAGAAUGUUGAAGACAUAAUAGUAGAAGUAGAGAUGAGAUAUCAAGGCCAUCAUCAAGAUGAUAGCAACACAAUCACACUCCGAAAUUUGAAGAGUUUACGACUAGGAAAGCUACCAAUACUGAAGAACAUAUAUAAGGGCAUAAUGGUUUGUGAAUCUCUGCAAGAUAUUCUUGUACAUAGCUGUCCCAUGUUAAGGAGACUGCCUCUUUCUUUCCACAUGAAUAGUGGGCAUGCAUCAGCACCUCCUGGUCAGCACAUUAGGGGAGACGAAGAGUGGUGGGAAUAUCUGCAAUGGGAUGAUCCCCACACCAAAACCACUCUUCAGCCUUUGUUUAUUCCAUUUCACAAGAUCUAGAGGAACAAUGCUAUGCAGUUUAUUCUUGGAGUGGAGUGCUGAGUGUUGAAGCUAUUCUGCGUUAUUUUGUUGGGGACAUUAAUUUAUAUUUUAAUUAUAGAACCCUAAUUUAUUUGGUGUAAUGGAUUGUUGUGAAACUUUUUGACAUGCUCUGACAUGUUAUGUUCCUCUUGGACUGAACUUGUGGAUUGUUGUUAUCUCUUGUAUUGUGGAUUAA